AUGGACACCCUACCGACAGCGUAUCAGCUGACCACCAGCGCAGCGGAAUUGAAUAAGAUAGACAAACUCCGAGAAUGUGGUGUUUCCCAAUAUAUCGGGCUUCCACAACUGGUUGUGGUCGGAGAUCAAUCUAGUGGCAAGAGUUCAGUACUGGAGGCGCUUACGCAACUUCCAUUCCCAAGGAAUCCAAACCUUUGUACUACUUUCCCAACACAGAUCACCUUCCGGAAUGCAUUGCAGGAGAAAACUGUUGUGACCAUUAUCCCAUCACCAUCGUCCGAUCCCGAACGGAUAGCAGAACUUCGAAAAUACAGAAAGGAAUAUCUUCAGUCCGUCAGUGGCGAUGAGUUUGCUGUGAUCCUCAAAGAUGUCAGUCAAGUUUAUAAAGAAGCCCACAGAAAUGAUCUCUCGACUUUCAGAGAAGAUAUUUUGAAGGUUGAGCUAAGUGGUCCAAGAAGAGAGAAUCUCAGUAUCAUUGAUACCCCGGGAAUCUUUCGUCGUGCAGUGGACGGCCGUACCACAGACAAAGACAUGACACUUGUCAAGGCGAUGGUAGAAUCCUACAUUAAGGAUAAGCGAACUAUCAUACUUGCAGUACUGCCAGCAGGAGAGGACGAGGAGAAUUGGGAAAUACUCUCGAUGGCAGAAAAGGCAGACAGUAAAGGCAUUAGAACUUUAGGAGUUCUCACUAAGCCUGAUUUGAUUGACCCGGGCACAGAAGAAAGGGUGAUGAGUUUCGUUCAAGGCGAGAAGAAUCCUUUGAAGCUUGGAUACUAUGUACUCCGGAACAGGGGCAAGCUUCAGGAAUCAAGCUCUUCGGAGGAACGAGACAAGGCAGAAAAUGAAUUCUUUACCCAAGAACCAUGGUCCUCACUAGAUCGGGAUCACGUCGGAGUUCAUGCACUCAAGAAACGUCUCCAAGAGCUAUUGGUCGACAUCACCCGCCGUGAAUUGCCAAAUGUCAGGCACCAGAUUAAUGCUCGGCUCGAUAAUUGCAGGAAAGAACUCAAAGCAAUGGGCGCAGAUCGUAAAUCGACGGUGCAACAACAGAUUUACUUGCAAACCAUGGCCACCAACUUCCAGAAGAUCACCGAUCAUGCACUGGAUGCCUAUUAUGCUCGCAAUCCGAUUUUUGCUGAGAUACCAGCAAAGAGGCUGCCUACUUUAGUCGUUGAUCGAAGUGAUAAAUUCGCCGCUGAGCUGGCAAAGAAUGGUCACACCGUCGAAUUUGAUAUCGAUGAUAAUGAGAGUGGAGAGGAUAUUGGCACUACUGGCCGUGACGGAGAAAAGGACGAAUCCAUUCGUAAUAGCAGCGACGAUGAAGCUGACGUAGCUGCGACUCCGAGCACCGAGUCAAAUGCAGGGCGACAUAAGUACCCUGAACUGUCCAGUCUAUUUCCGGAUGAGGGGGAUGCUCCAGAGCCACAGCAUCGUCGCAUUCUCGACUGGAUCGAGCACGAGUACAGAAAGGCUAGAGGCAGCGGCCUGCAAGUCAUCUCACCUUCAGUUUUGCCUACCCUAUGGCAACAGCAGUCCAACAAUUGGCGUACAAUGACGAGGAAAUACCUGGCAGAUAUCAUUAUAUACGUCCAUGAUUUCAUUUGCAAGCUGAUGGAGCACGUCUGCCAGGAAGAGCGCACGCGUUCUGGGCUUAUGGCCAUCCUUCUCGAAAGAUUUAUCGACCAGUAUAAAGUCGCCAUAAAGCAUGUCGAGUUUCUUCUCGAAGUGGAGCUUGAUGGGACGCCUCUGACCAAGAACCCAAGCUUCCAGGAAAAUUUGCAUAAGUUUCGGCUGGAGAGGCUCGGCGCGGCCAUGUCAAAAUCCUCUAUUGCUACAGACAAUCUAAGAGAUGCAAGCGGUCAAGAGAUCAAUGGCACUGUUGUCAGGCUCGAGGAUGUCAUGCUCUCAGGUCCCAUGGGCGAUACAGAACAUGCGGUCAAUGACAUCUAUUGCAUACUCAAAGCGUAUUACGAGAUUGCACGUAGGCGUUAUGUUGAUGCAAUCUGUACCCAAGGAACAGACUAUCACCUGCUGAAUGGGAAGAACAGCCCUCUACGGAUAUUCUCGUCAUUAUUCGUCGCCUCACUGACACCGGAACAACUCGAAGAAAUUGCUGGGGAAGACGCAUCGUCGAAGGAAAGACGUGAAAAUCUGAAAAGGGAAAUGGAUUCACUGGAGGAAGGCAAGCGGCUUCUCAGUCACUAAAGAAGUGUUUAUUUGCAUGUUUAUCUCUGAAUGUUCAUGUAAGAUAAUAUCUGCGAAAGUAUUGACUUGUAUCAUGCCACGGGAAUUCAAGUACUGCAGACUAUCAUCGUGAAGACUUGAUAAAAUCCAAAUGAGAAAAGGAUAAGUCUAACCAGGGUGACGGGCUGAGAGCAAAGAAAUCAAAACGU